UGUUGUGUUAGAAUUUAAAUCUGUUAUGGAUUUAAAACAGACUGAGGUGGCUUCUACUGAUUGGUUAGUGUUGUGGGCCGACUUUAGCAUUGACCAAAUAAUGCAAGCCACCUCAGACGAUUGCAAGUCAGCCUUGAAAAGACUAUGUUCUCACAUUAUGUCAAUGAUCCCAUGUCUUUCUUUUUGAGGAUGGUGACAAAGUCCAUUUGUUGGAUAACAUGGAAUCAUAUGAAAUGAAAAGAAAUUUUAGGAGGCAAUAUAGACCACAUGAUUAUUCGAAUUAAGAAGAAAAAUAUUAUUAGCAUAUAAAAUUGAGGGUAGUAAAGGAAGGAGCACCAACUUUCUUAAAAUUAAAGAAUAUAUGUCUAGUGUGGUUUAAUUUCUCUAUCAAGAUGGUGACAAGUCCAUUUUUGUGGUACUAUGGAGCAUGGAAUCACAUGAUGGGAAAUAAAGUUCUAAUACAAAAGUUGGUCUUUGUUUCGUCUAGCAAUUCAUAGGUUUCAUUUUCUAAUUUGUCAUGUUGAAAAUCUCCUAGCACAUUAUCAGUUUCUACAUUUCCAGAUGAAUAAACUAUUUGUGCUUGGAAUGCAUGAGAAUGGCAGUGGAGAACUUAACUAGGUGACCUGCCCCAACCCAACACAUAUCUAUUUACAUAUAUAGUUAUGGUCUGGUUAAUAUUACUUUUUCAGAACCAGGAUUGGCUCAUGGUCUGGGCUGUGAUGUGGAUGCUUUUCAAUAUGAUCAAGUUUCGUAAGCCUUGCACGACUUGAGAUAACAUGAUGGUAGCAAAGCAAAGCAACAACUUUGAUCCUCGUGCUGCUGCUGCUAAUUUUCCUUCAGUCAAUCAAGACACUAUCACUCCACUACCUUCUGAAUCGGACACCAUGGAACCCAAAGAAAUGUUACUAUCAGAUGAAGAAAAAGAGAGGAACUCAGCAGAAGAAGAGAAGCUGGAGGAGUCGCCCAUCGACGAGGAAGCUGCCCACAAUUCCUCUGUUGUUCCAGCCAUCUCUAUUGUUGUCCGCCAAUUUGGUCGCUUUCUUCGUGAACUAUCUCACAGUACUCAAUCUGCUGCUGCUGUCGCUGCCUCAAUUGCUGAGGUUUGUUGGCACAUAGUGAAGGUAUAGGUAUAG